UAGUACGUCUGUUUAGAUAAUCACCUGAAAUAUUCAUGAAGGAAACACAUUAGCAUCAGGAUCGAAACGCAAGGGAGCUUGAAGUGUGCAGAGAAUAGACUAUUCAUCGUGGCAGGUCACACGCGAGCGAAAGAUUAGAGAAUCGUCUCCCCUGAAAUCCCGCUGUAUUUGCGAAGGGAAGUUAACACUGUGUAUUUUUGAGUAGCGACGCAAUCCAAGCGUUAUUUGAAUGGCUAUUUAUUUUGAGAGAUUAGUCAGUAGACGCUGUCUCAAUUUCAGUGGCUUGCUGCGUGUUAAAUUACCUUGAACUCGAAACUCUUCGUUAACAGUUCUAAGUCUUAAAACCUUCAACAAGUGGAGCUCGCUUUUGACAUUUAAUGGCGGUUGAACUCGUCCAAGACCUGUCUUUCCCUGUAAAGGUUUACGUCGUCCUUCUGCAUCUUUUACUUCUGUUUCUGGUGGUUCUGUUUCUUCAAAGGCCGUUUAAGAAGUCAAGUGGCGACAAGGACGAGAAGCAUAGCCGGAAAAUUAGAACUUUGACGAAGGAUAAUCGAGCAGUAACUAUCGAACCUUGUGCAUGGCUGAAUUCAACUUUGGCGUGGUUGUACCUUCACGCUCAAGGGAAAGAUCGAACCCCAAACAUUAUCAGGUUCUGGUUACGGGCUUUAAAUAAACAACUUCAGAAAAACAAAAAGGUAAUCUUGUUUUAUUGUUAACGUUGGUAUUGAUUCCCCAUCAUUUUCCCGCCAACAUCUCUAGAAAUAUCGGUGAUUUUUUAAUGCGAAUCUUGUGUUUGUAUUCGAGUAUUUCUUGAAAUUAUGUUUAUUGAUGAAGGCCUGACUUUUAUAUUUCAAGUAAAUGUGCCCUGAUCUUUUUUGUUAAUGAAAUGUAGAUUGUUCAAUGUUUAUAUACAUUGCUUUUCAAGAAAACGAGAAACAAAUGAUAAAUAUUGCUUUUCAGAAUUCAAUUAACAAUAUCAUUUUGAGUUUGCUGAGAGAAAAUUGACUCAAGCGCAAUCAGCAAGGCUAUCGUGAGAGCGAAUGUACUGUCUAUAAAUGUAUAUGUUUCUUGUAUAGAAAGAUGAAUAAAUUCGAGAGCUCUUGAGUCAGAGUUAUUGUGGUCACCACGUGUGAGGUGAUUAAUGGAGGAUUAACCAAUUGCAGUGUUACACCUCUGUACUCACUUGAGUUUGUCAUUAAUUCAUGUCAUUUGGCAUAAUUGCUCUGAGCCUGGUUGUUAGAGGGGCAAAUACCUCAAUCCAAUAGAUAAAUCACUAUCCAUUGGAUAACUGUUAACAAGACCAGCACAAUCCAAUGGAUAAAGAUUAACCCAUUGGAUAGUAUAUAUCCACUCUUUGAACAACCGCGACCUGGUGAUUUUGGAGAAACCCACACUGUGAUUGGUUUAGAAUUGCAACAGAUCUCAACUGCUGUAAUUUAUUAUAGUUCUGAGGCACUAAUUUUGGAAAUGGCCAUAUUGCAAUUCUUAGCCAUCUCUGAAGAAGAAUGAAAAAGCAGAUGGAUUCUUUGGGUUAUUAUAAUCAUAUGCUAAACGAAAAUUUCCCCUCUGGCUCAGCAAAUGUUGCUAAUUGAUCCCAUCCAGUCUUUCCCAAGAUACACCAAGCCUCUAGCAAACAAUUUUUUAAAGAUUAAAAUUGGGAUGAUUGCAGCCAGGAAAUUUUUUGCCUUUUUUUCAGCAAACUUGCUGCAUACACAACACCAAAUUGCUUUCAGCUCAUUUCUUGUGUUCAUGGUGUUAGUGCCUUCAUUUAACUUUGGAUAUCAUACAUGAUUUACUGAAUAACCUUUUUUUUUAUAAUUAAGCCAUUAUUUAUGUAUGAUCAUUUCAUUUAGUAUCCAUUCUCUGUUAAUUUUUUAUGGGAACUGGAGUAUACAUGGCUGCGUGGCACCAUUCCAUGAUGUAUUGAGGAUAUUAAUUUUGUGUGAUUUGAUUUUUCAAGCAAAACCAAUCCCAUGUUAUUGUUAUAAAUGUUCCAGUAAAUCUCUCAUUGAUUUAUAAAUGUUUUUAAUUUAGAAAGAUCAGAGGAUCAUAAUCGAUAACCUUUGUCCAGGAUGCCUGCCACCAAAAUUAACAAGUGUGUACUGUCUCUCUGUCAGUGGUGACAUGCAGGUAUAGUGGGUGUGAUGAUAAAUUUAUUGGUUGACUAUGAGAAAGAAAAGUAUCUUUCUUUCUCUUUGUGGGCUCAUUUCUGCUUUAAUAAAAUUGUGUGAAUAAUGUUAACUUUUCACAUCUAUCAAAUUGAGUGCAUUUAGGUGUUUACAAAUAAUGUGAUAUGAAAAAAUGAAUAUCAAAGUGAUCAUCGCAGUAAUGAACCCUGCUUAAUCAGUAGUGAAAAUAAGGCGUAAAGAAAUUCAGGCCUUUACGAGAUAUGAACCCAUGACCUCUGUGAUACUGGUACAGUGCUUUAACAAGUGAGCAAACAAGCCAACAGGGAGCUGGUCAAUAUGUUGGUUUCUAAAAAACUUGUGGAGUGAAGAAUAACAGACUAUGAAUAUAUGAAAAUCAUGUAUUGAAUCAUAAUAUAAUAUAUUCAACACUGUAAUUGUCAGAAAUUAAUUCUCUCAGUUGGAUCACAUUUCAUUGUAAACUCCAUGUAUUUAUUUUUGUGCACUUGAGAGAAAAAAUGUUAGUCUGACGGAAACAUGGAUUAAUUAAGGGAUGACACUCUGUUAUCACUCUUAUGAAAGUUUCCUAAUCAAUAAUCAUCAGCAUGUGUUAUUAUAAUGCGGUAAAUAUCUUUUGUUUGGAAAUUAUCCAAUUUGUUGUGAUUUCAGUGUGUCACAUUUCAUGUGGAGUCAGUUGAUCUUGGUUUCCUUGUGCGCGUCAUUCAACAGACAAGUGAAGGACCCAAAACCACUCAUAUGGAAGUGCGUGUGGUUAGACUAGCAGGAGAGGUAAAUUCUUGAUUUUAAAAGACCAAUAACUUAUCAUCUUGGAGCUUAAAAGAACUAACCAUUAUUAUAGAGAACUCUCCUUCCUGGACCUGGGAUCAACUGAUCUGGUUUUGUGCCAUUGGCUGGAUCAUUAUGUUCUCACACAGUUCUUAACUCUGCCCAGGAAAAAUAAAAUGUACCACCAAACUCUCAGAGAAAAUUGACAAAUUCCUCAAGACAAUUUAAUAUUCCAUUAGUACUCAUUGGAACAUCAUGUUCAUGAAACCAAAAUUAACUCUUGCACUCUGGUUUUGUUUGUCUGAAAUUUUACAACAAAUAUCUUGUUUUUCUGAAUGUUUGUUUAAUUGUGGUUGGCAGUUGUUAGCUGUUGAUAUCAUUAUAUUGUCUCCUCUUCCCAGGUGGCUCUUAAACUGAGCACUUCCCCUUCAAGGCUUCAGAUAAGUGCUCAAUUCAUUGGUGUUCCUGAGAUUGCUCUUUCCACAAAGUGUCUUGCAAAGGUAAAAGUAAUUACAAGCUGUAUUGAUCUAUGCUGUGUUGUGGUUUGGAAAACACAAACUGCAUGAUUUGUAUAUGGAAUUACAAGAUGUAUUGAUCUAUGCUGUGUUGUGGUUUGGAAAACACAAACUGCUUGAUUCUUAUGUAGAAUAUAGUGUUACAUUGUCUGAUGAAUGAGUCAACUAUCAUGGGAAUUUUGUUAUAUAAAUUUAUAAUUUUGUGAUUAUUAUGCUUUGUAAAACAAGCAAGAUGCUACAAGCCACCUCACUGGUCAAAAACCCAUUGUUUAUUGCGUUGAUAAACCCAUAGUUGUUUUGAAAAGCAGCAGACCACAAUAUCUAUCAGUUUACCGGUGCAAUAACCCAUGCAGGAUGUUGGGAGAAUGUCUACGGCUCAUGAUUUGCAAACUUUUCUUGUGUUCUCCUAACAUCCCAUGCGGGUUAUAAAAUAAAGCUAUUACACUGUACAGGUACAUUCAAGUUAGCUCUAUCUCUCUCAAGAUCCUUAUAUCAGUUCUCUGCUCUGUCAAUUAUAUGUUUCUUAUAUAAUUAAUUUUAAGCUCUGGCAGCAAGGUGGAGAAUGAUAUGAUGUUCCCUUGAAUAUAAUUCUCAUCACCUGCUUAAAAAUGUCGGAAUAUUGUUAGGAGAAUUCAUUUUCAAUCAGUAAUGGCCAUAGAAAAGUCAUAAGUCUUGUGACAAUUGUUAUCACAUUAAUUAUGGAUGGUAAUUUUGUACAUUAUAAUAAAAUCACAAACUCAUUUUAAAAAUUGGAAUGCAAACUCUUCUGAUUGAGUUCAAAAUACCAUUUUAGACUCUCUUCGUUCAAUUUUCAUUUUGCAAUUGUACUAUUAAUAUUUUUCAAAAAUGUUGUAUGGAGAGAAAUUAAUUUUUAUACACGUUAACACUUUAGUGCCUGCAAGCUGUCUGUUUUAUCCAGCUCUAAUUGUUACCUGUCAUCCUAAAGUUAAAAUCAGCUACAGGUUUUUAGCCAAGUACCUGCCUUUCCACCUGCUGUGUCCAUUCAUUUCAAUUUAGUUAAGUCAAUAUUACCACCCAUUUCAUCAACUUUAAAUCCAUUCUUAUUUAAAUCAUCAAAAUUUUAAAUCUCCUCAUUCAAUGGUGUUAUAUGCUGGUAAGUUUUCGUUGUGAGAAUAUACUGAUCAGCAUGCAUGUCAAUGACUGUGUCCUUUCUGAUAAAUUUUGGUAUUCUCCUUAGCUGUUUUCAUGACAGAUAGUUACUAAAAAUCAAGGAGAAUUCAAAAUUUGGUUUUUCUUGGAAAUUUAAACUCUUUUUCUCUAAAAGUGUUUGAUAAGGGAAACCUGCAGUUUCACACAUAGUGAAAUUGUAUCUCCUAAUUAUAACAUUUUGAUUUUAAGCGAAAAAUAUGAAAUGAAUUUUUCAAACAAUGAACUUGCCCGUGUUUCUUUUGAUGAAUUUUCAAUAUUUUUCUUAAUUUUAUUGCAAAGAGAGUAACCUAAAAUAAAUAGGUGACUCCAAUUAUCUCUUUUGUGCCAUCUUCUCAGAUGCUUUGAGGCUCUCAACUCUCUUUGUUAUUUACAACAAACUGAUGUAAUUGUCAAGGAAUGUAAACUGUUACCCAGACCCUUGACAGUUUUUUCCACCUCCAUAAUCAUUGUUCUGGCAUUACACUGGUGCAUGGAGAAAAGGAAUAAGCUUACAGAUCAUUAAUUAUUCAGCCCUGAAAAAACUGGCAUUUUCAGUUGAAAGACAGCGGCUUUUUGUAAGCUGGCUUUGUGAGGAUAUUCUUGGUUUAACACCAAACUGGUAGCUUCCCAUUAUGGGACAGGAUUCUUCAAAACAAGGUAAAAGAGGCUUGUGUUUGGAUGAAAGGUUCUUUGUGUUGAACAUCCAUUUACUGGUUGCAUUGAUGGGUGAUUUUUGAAAAUGUCUUGUGGUUUGAAUCAGGCGCUGGUAAUGAUGUUUUGGAACAGAGUGAGGAAACAAAACUACAGUGUGUUGUAAGAACAUCACCUGAUCUUUCUAAUGGGGUAAGAGUUGAUUUUGUUUCUAGUAUCACAACACACCCCAGCUUUACCCUUGACAGGUACUCUUAACAAGUUCUUUACUCCUUGUCCCAUGAAAAUACAGUUCAGUUGCCUUUUUAGUGGAAUUUUUGGUUUUCUGUCCUUGUCUGUAUUCUAACAAUCAUUGUCAUUUGAAUCAUGACAGGUUCUGUGCUUCUUUAUCUUGGUUUUAAUUCUAGGGAAAACCUUGGGAAGGAAAAACCUGAGAUUAACUAAAAAAAAGUACUGUUUCUUGAAUCUUCCAAACUGUGGCCAAUAUUUUUCUUCUGUUUUAGUGCAAAUGUCAAAUUUUGAUUGUACAAAUUAAAUUGCAUUGCUUCUUGCAAUCAAAUGUGGCUUUAGUGUACACUCGCAAACCCAUGUUUGUUCCAUAGUUGUUUGUAUCCAAUUGCUGACACAAGGGCUGUGCAUAUUUUUUAAGAGAAACAGAACAAAUCUUAGUGUCAAGUUAACAAGAAGAGUAAUUCCACCUACAACUUUUGAGUUUCUUUUCAUAUUGAAACAAAAAUCCGGUUUUUUUAUAAGUAGCAUAUAUCUGUCCUGUAACAUUGAUACUGAUGGCAACCAUAGCUAAUCUGAUACCAUUAGAUAACUUCAAAAAAACAAUUCUCCAUCAGAAAUAACUUUUGGGUCUCUGUAUUUGUUCAUUUGCUCCUUCACUCUUUCCUAAGGGCAAAGAAAUAUAGUUAAGAGCUUGUCCUCUUUACAAACAAGUGAGACUGUUGUGGGACAAUUAGAAGUAGCAUGUUUUUGAUUGCUGAUACAUAGUGACAGGAAUAUUGCAUGCUGGUGCAAAAGAUAUGUUGAUAUUACCACAUACCUAUCAGUGUCAGUAUAUAAGCUUAUAGGUGUACAUAUUUAUACUUGUAUGUCUUUGUAGCACCUACGAGGUAGCAGAUUUGUUUUCUGAUUUUUAGGAAACAAUAACCAUUGUAAUUUUAGUAAGAGCUGGUAGACAGGGGGUUUCACUAAAUGUCUGUCAAUCAUCUUGUGUUUCUUUUGGCUGAGUUAGUGUGUUCACUGCUGCAGUUUCAUAAAGUUUUCAAAGUUUUUGCUUGCCAGCAAAUUUUUGUUUACCUUCAUUAGCUAAGAAAUAAGAUAUGUGAAAAUUUCCAAUUGUCAUGCAACUCCACUCGUUCAUGUGACCAGAAUUUUGUGAUCCAGAGGGAGACUUAUUAAUGAGAGAUUGUAUUGUACAGUGUAUCUGAAAUAUAAGGCAUUUUGUGAUGGUUGUUCAAAAUGAAAAGUUAUUUGAUGUGAAAUCCAUCCAAAAAUGCAUUUGAUCUGCUGCAGGUGUUUUUUAACUAGCUUUUAAUUAUUAAAUUAAUUUGUUGCUAACUGUUACAUGUUGUAGUAUUCAUAAUUUUAUCAGUUUAUAGUCAUGUAACUUACUUGACUUUGAGUACAUUGUAAGUUGAAUUUUAGAGGAUAAUGAAAUGUCACUUUUAUUCAAUUUUCCAACCUUGCAGUUAAAGAUAAAGAAUUGUUUCAAGCAUUUUAUGCGAAAAAAACUCUCAUGAAAGUGUAUGAAGUUCUCAGAUAUAUAUUUUGCCUCUUAACAAAAUGCCAAUACUGAAAAUAAAAACUGCAAAAAUUUUGCACACAUUUGUUCUGUGGUCAUAGUAAGAAGGUCAAAGAGAGAUUGUUUGUCUGCACAGUUUCAGAGUAUCAUGUACAUGUACAACAGCUUACUGUAAAACCCUUGAUUUGCUUACUUUAUUCACAAUCUUUAAUUUGGAUGAAGGAAAAAAAAGAGAAAAACUUUUAUUCAGGGCAAAUGCAUGUAUAUUUCACUUAUAAGGUGUAUAACCAGCUAAGAACUGAUGGCAAGGAGUUCAAUUUGUCUGAGCAGUUUGCUGGUAGCUGUGUAUGGCAUUGAUACUCUCCCACCAAUGCAGCACCACAGUUUGUUUAGAAACGUACCCCCUUUAUUGAUAACAAGUUGAGUUAAUGUUGGUUCAGGGGAGCGGUAGGUGUGUAGUUGCUCAGAUACUGACAUUGACCCCAUCAUCUUCAGUUCUCUGGUUAUUGUGAUCAGCUACAUGCAUGGUGUGUUUUCUGUCCUGUUUUGAACUCUGUUCACAUGUUGUGAAGUGAUCCAUGGCAUUUAUUAUACUUGUUUUCUAAAUUGACAAACUGGAAUGUCUUUUCAGGAGAGCCAAGUAGAUGCCGGUGAAGUUCAAGAAAAAGUCAAAGAGGUGAUAUGUAAAACCAUUACUAACAUCCCUUUGUCAGAGGCCUCUUCGAAGGACCAACUUUCAGAUGCAGUAAGUAAAUACAACCAGAUGAAGUAAUCUUCAUACACAAUCAUGUGGAUAGACUGCAAUUACACUCUACUAGUACUGAACUCCUUGACCUGUAAGAGUGACUAGCAUGUAAUUUCUCCUUACAAUACCACCCAGAAUCACUCAUUAGAGACACAAGAAUACAGGAAAUGAUCACAAGGUCUUGAUUGUUGAGUAAAUUCUCCUUGUUAGCAUCUUAGGAAAUGUGUAAAGAAAAGUAUGGAGAAUAUGCAUACUGAUGUUAGUGCAUAAAAGGUUAAAGCAACAGUUUAAAUUCAAUUUGUCAGAUGAAAGCUUAACCCUUUAACUCCUAUGAGUGACCAAGACAAAAUUUCUCCUUACAAUAUUGAUACAAUAUCAAGCAGACAAGUGAUGAGAAUAAAGAAAAAUAUUAACCAGAGGAUAAUUAGUUGAUCUAAUACCAAAUUCUCCAAACUAACAUGGCAAGAACUAUAUGACAGACUGUAAGGAGAAUUACUCAUGAGAUCUUGGGAGUUAAAGGGCUAAAAAACUGGUUUGAUCACACAAAGGUUACACCUGGGCUGGGUUGUUCAAAGCUGGGUUUAGUGAACCCAGGGUUUGUGUGAAAUUGGAUUUCAGUUCUGGAAGCUCUAGAAGAAAAUUCAGCAUAAUUCUUUUUGUCAACAAUUUGAUGAUUGGAUGCUCCAUAUAGAGUAGAGGAAAUGAUCUCAAAAAGGCUAUUGAACAAAGAAGUAUAGAAACCCAGAUUAAAAUUUAACUCUGGGUUAGUACUAAUUGGCUUUUGAAAAACUGGGCCCUGCAGGCAAACUUCCCAGAAAAAAAAGGUGAAACAACAAGCUCUUUUAUUUUAGCUGCUUUCAAAUUAUUUUGCCUCAGAGUGAUAAAUUUAAUUAUUAAUAUCUUUGAAACAAAAAAGUGAGUGCAAAUUCCAGCAUUAUUGCUCUAGGCAUCUUCAGUAGACAACAAUUUGCAAAGAUGGAAAAACCACAAACUUAAAACAACCUAACCAAACAAAGAUUUUAAAAAUUUUAAAAUGCAUAGCAGAUUUCCCUGACACAUAUGCAACUAAAAGCAUUGCAGUCACUUAGAAUCCUUUAAUCUGAAAUAGGAAAUGAAAUACUAUUAAUUUGUCUCAAAGCUGAAUUAAGAAAAGGUUUUACCUGAGGAAAUAACAAACAGAAUGGUUUUCUGCUGAGUGCCCCUAGAAUUUCAUUUCUAGAUUCUUCUCCAUCAGUUUGUGGUUAUACCAUUCUAGAUUUUUUUUCCAUUUAGAAAGUUGAGUAAGAAAGAUUCUUUUUCAGGCUUGAGUUGCCAGUCCAAACUCUUCAUGAAAAUAAAAUACAGGGGAACAAAAUGAAAUAAAAUAAAACACAAGUCCAUUUGUGAAGAUUGAAGCAAGAUUGUUUUAUAUUUAUUGGUAAUGUUUCUUUAGAGCAUUUUGGUUUAUAGCAGUGUAUGAUGAUGAAAUAUUGUUUUGAAAAGCAGAUGUUUUUUUGUGAUCUCCUAAGGGAACUUUCAAAAUGAUUUUUUAAUGGUAGUAAUAUAGUUUGGAUUUUUCUUCUUUUUUCUGGAAGCUAGACUAGCUUGAUUUUGAUUGGAAACAAAUAAAAUAUUAUUUCAGUUUUAUAUUGCAUGCUUUUAAAGCUUAAUUUGAGUUAAUGCCGAAUUCAAACUGUGAGAAAGUGCUUCUUUCAGUUGGCUAAAUCUGUCACCUGCUCCAGUGUUGUCAUGCAAAUCUCUCCCACAUAAAUAAUUAAUUGAAGGAUCUGUUUUCUUGAAUGACUGCUUCUCAUGGAGUGUAUAGCAUUGUAUGUUUUACUCUAGGACUGACUGGGAAAAUUGUACAGUCAAGUCAAGUCAUUGCUUGUAUUUUUGUUCAUCCUGCUGUAAAUAUUGACUGGCCUACUCAGGGACUUAAAUACUCUUUUAAAAUUGUUAUUUUUGUCAAGAUUUUUCAAAUAAUUCUAUUUUGUUACAGCCAGCUGAAUUUCAGGCUGAUUAAUUAUCUUUGACUCUCAUGCUUUUGGUGAAGUUUUCUUUUUGUGAGAGGUUUGUGAUGUGUGAAAAGACAUUUGAGCUCUGAAAAAUUCAAAUACAGUCAAGGAAUCUUUUUUACCAGUAGCUUCUUGAGAAGGAAAGUAAUUUCAAAUGAAGAGUUCUCAUGUACAGAUUGAAAACAACUACUUUGUCAAUGUUUACGUCUAUGUGUUUAUGAAUGGAAGGCAACGUUCAAAGGUAGGAAAUCUUUCCUUUUUGCCAGUCAUACUGUGUUCCUUUAUUUUUAGAUAAAGUUAUCAAAUGAACAGUGUGCAGUGUAAAAAUGAGUAGCUUUGGCUGAUUUUGUUUUUGUAUCUAUAUCAUCAAGAAUCUUCAUGUUUUUAUUCUAUUUUUGUCUAGAUUAAAUGCAAAAAUAUGUCUGAAUUUUUCAUCAAAGCAUGUGAAUCUUAAGAUUGUUAUUAUAUCCUUUUCAUAAAUUCUGUUGGUUCUCUAAGAUUAGCUAUUUUGGGGCAAAUUGUGCCCUCUACUUCUAAUGAGAUUUAAGAUGUUGGUUUUGAUAGCCACUUUCUUUAAUAAAAUUUUAUGAAAUUAUAGCUUAGUGUCAUGCCUAUCAUGGAGGCACUAUUUAUCUGGUUGUAUUGGUGACAAUUAAAAAUUCUUCUUUCUUUAACUUGUGGUGGACUGCAAAUUUUAUGUUAUUUCUUUAUGAAGAACUUAUGAAGAUGCAACUUUGAGUGUUCACAUUAUAACUAUCUGGUUGACUAUGUCUUAUAGUUGGCCCAUCAGGGCAAAAACAACAUGCGAAUUAUUUAACCUUUCUUUACAUUGACCCACAUUUUGUUUGUUGUAAACUGUCAAGAUAGUGUUGGGUUUUGAUGUAGCAUACUUGAAAUCACCAUGGAGAGGCAGCAAGCUAAUAUAUUUAUAUAUAAUUUUGUAUUUUAAGUGUUGUUUAGCUUAAAGGCAGAAUAGUACUACAUGUAUUUUGAUUCUGGACUUUUAAAUUGCUAUCAGUUGUUUGAUAUGUAGUUUUCAUGUUACAUUGUUAAUUCAUUAACACAAUUUGUAAAGACAACAAUUUGUAAAACUCACAUAUCAAUAAUAUAUUUUGUUUAUUUUAAUUUAUAACAUGUGUGAGUGCCAUUUCAUUUGCAAUUGUAGUCAUGAAAAAAUUUUUAUGUGGUUUAGGAUAAAGAUUAAUGAAAUUAUUGAAGAAACAAUUUACUCCCUAAUGAAUUUAAUUUUGAGCUCCCAUUAAACCUCUUUAACCCUCAAAUUCACAGAUGUGACCAACAUGUAACUUCUCCUUGCAGUUUCAAUGCAUUAUCCAGCAUGUAGGUUGUGAGAAUUGACAAAACCUACUAGCUGGAAGUUGCUAUCUUAAUUAUAACCAAACUCUCUUUUUGGCCAUAUGCAAGAAAAUAUGUUUAACUUUAAUUCAGAUCUGUGGUGUUAACAGUUUAAUUUUUUGGAAAUUCUUUUUGUAGAGUUCAGCUAAUUCAAAAGAACAGCUUGAUUCACCUUCAUCAGCAUCAUGCAUUGGAGAAGAAGGAAAACUCCUUGUAAAGAGUGAGUAAAAUGUUUCUUCAGUAUCAAGUUUCAGAAAAUGGCAGCAAGAUUUUAUGCAAAAAUUGAGUUGGGUUAGAGUGCAUUUUGACUGAGUGUCAUAAUAUCAGCACUAAAACUGGUUGAUUUUUGUGUUAUGAAUUAAUGUUUCUGGAACUGUUGGUUUGUUUCUUGUGUAUGUUCAUCAGAUCCAAAGUUAUAUCAUUUAAUGUGGCUAAAACAGCAUUCAUAUAACAUGAUCAGUUAGUAGAAAAAGAGGGAGUUUGACUCAGACUAGUCUGUUAACAAUCAUUCUACUCUCUUUUGAUCAUGUAGUCUGAUUGUCUGAUGAGGGUAGUCCUGAGAAGGACUGUUGGCAGUAAUGGUGACUAUUCUCUCUUUGAUCUGUCAUCAUCAUCUGGAGUCGGAGUAAUAUAGGAGCUGUAGGGAAUUUAACAAAUGUGGACACCAGAGGGAGGGGUAGUGCUUCAUUUGUUUAGUGUAGAACAAAAGGCUGUCAACAGAAUGGAUUGAGAUAAUAGUAGAUUUACCAUUACAAUAGGAAAUCGUUACCUGGAAGCAAAAUUUUCUCAUGGAAAAAGGAAAAAUACAAGUAAUUGAAAAAUGGCAGAUAUAUUCACAAUAGUUAUGAGGAUUUUAAAAUCGUUGGAAAGAUUUUUCUCUCUAAAAUUCCUUUUUUUGUUUCUUUGCUAGUCAUAAAAGCAAGUGGUCUUUGUGGAAAAGUCAAAAGUGGUAAGUUGGGUUCUUUAUUUUGUUUUUUGUUUGAUUAUGGUAAUGUUAAGUAUCAAGCUUGUACUAGAAUUUUGAUUUUGCCUUACCUCAGAUCUUUCAGAUCAAAGAUAUGUAGAUAGACAUCAGGUUUGGAGAUUCUUUUGCCUCUCUGUAUGAAACAAUUUGAUUAUAUUUGUGAUUAUUACAGGCAAAUGCGUGGCAUUGUAGAACCUCCUAACAGGUGGAACAGUUUGAGCAUAAAUUGUUCUUUUACCUUGUGUUAAAUCAUGUAUGUUUGAUAUUUUCAGGAUCACUCAGUCCUUACUGUAUCGUGUCUACUAGCAACCCACUUCAGCGCAAGAGAACUACCAUGGUCAGAGAUAAUGAAAAUCCGUUCUGGAAUGAGUAUUUCACUUUGUAAGUCUGAUAAAGUUUUACAUUUAUCACUGUUUUUUUUGGCAGCUUGUCAAGUUACUGUGAAUGCUCUGUGGUUAAUUAUCAGUUACCUUAUCAGUUGUUUUAACAAUGUAAAAUAAAUACUGGUAGUCAAACUGUGCCUCCUUUAGUUUUCAAUUUAUCAUGAAAAAUUCCUACAUGUAUUUUCCAGUGGGAGGUGUAGUGGCCUGAUGGUCAGUGCACUGGACUCUGAGUCAAGAGGUCUGGGAUGGAGACCUGGCCAGGUUGCUGUUUUGUGUUCUUGAGCAAAACAUCUUACUCUCACGGUGCCCCUGUCCACCCAGGAGUAUAGAUAGGUACUGGUGAAGUGCAGGGGGGCAACCUUGCUAUAGACUAACAUCCCAUCCAGUGGGGAGUAGUAAUACUCUUAGAUGCUUCAUGCUAUGUGGAAACUGGGAUAAGCUCUGGCUGGGUGGAUCACCAGGCUCAAGCACAGGAAUUUCAGAUCAAUAUCAGUAUCUGGGCAACUACCCACCUACCCCUCCCUAACCCAACAUUAACCCUAACUUGUUAUUAAUUGACUGUUGUUGAGUUAGGGGAGGGGUAGGUGGGCAGUUGCCCAGAUACUGAUAUUGAUCUGGCAUUUUUAUAUUCAAGUGGUUUAAGAAGCUUUUACUCUUUAAUUGUUAAUUCAAGUUUCUCUUUAAUUAAUCUUUUGUUUUAUUUGUUUAUAUAUUUAUUUAUUUAUGUCACUUUUCCUUUUGGCAAAAACAGUGACAUCAAUCCCAAAACCAAAGAGAUCACACUUGAUCUAUAUGACUAUGAAAAGACAGAAAAAGGUGAGUCUUGUCUUUGUGGUAUUGGACACAGUUUUGGAUGAGCUCAGAAUCAAGCUCUAUGCACGGAAGUUUUAGAGUUUUUGUUUCCUUCAUAGGCAAAUCACUUUAUGCAACAGAGUCUGUCUUCACAAGUUGAAGGACUCUGAAUUGAGUAGUAAGAAAUAAAAUGUUCCAACCUCUCUUACAAAGGGUUACAUGGGUUAAAACCUCUCUAACCUUUACCCACCUCCCCCAAAUUUUGAAGUUUUUCUGUGUAAUUUUCUCAAACAUCGUGGAGUUACAUGCAGCUCUGAUCGACUAACAUCUCGUCAAGGGGGUGGGGGGUGGGGAAGGAAGAGCACCCUGACCUGACUCAGUUGGCCAGGAAUGUUGCUGCAACGUUUCUGGCUGUCUCAUUUUACUGCUAUGGGCUUUUCCUUUAUUGGGUGUCUUUUAGCACAUCAUUAAAUUGUACCUCAAUUAGUUAUUUUGAGGCAGAGGAAAGUUUAUCAGUUUGCAGUUUGUUUUUCAAGGAAUAAAUGCCAACCUGUUGUAUGCAACUUUCUGGCAAACUUCACCCCUCCCCACCACAGGAAGAUCUAUUUCGACCCCUAUUCACCCCUAUGGAUUUUACGUUUGCCUUUCCGAAUUUCAGUAGAAAGAUCCACGCGGUCACAGAGUUUACUGCUGAUUUAAGUGGCUUAAUAUUAUCUGAAACAUCACAAACUCGUUAGAUAUAGCUUGAUUUAAGUUAAAGAACAACUAUAGCCGUAAUGACAUUAUAAACAUCAAAGCGCACAUGAACAGCUUUCAAUAUCAUUCUUGUAAACAUUUUGUUGGUUAAACGUUAACCCUGAUCUGUGUAAACUUUUCCAUGGCCUUGAAUAAAACAUUAAACAUUGCAUAUAAACCUUAAACCAUAAAUUCGCCUAAUAAGCAUAUUGCAGUCUGAAUUUAUUCACUUUCACUUGUAAACAAGCUAAAUCAUUUUCGCUACUAAAUCAUUUUUUUUGGCAUUUUUUUCACGAUCACUGCGAAAUCAUUUUCAUUAAACCUUUCACUAAAGUUCACCUGCUCCACUGAAACAAGUGUAAUUGUUUUUUUUUUGCUGUUGUUGUUUUGCUUUAAAUAUGAAAAUCUCCUCCAUUUAAUAAAGAUAGUUGUGAAUAUUUUUUACGUCUAAAUGUCUUUAAACAGAUUCUCUCUGUCAUUUGGAAGACAAUGAAUUUACUGAGGAGCAAGGUGAAUCAGACACAGUACACUAUGAUAUAGUUUCACAACAUAAAGAUGAAGUAGAAACAAGAUUAUGAUGAUGUUAUAAGUAACGCAGUAAAUGGUUUCUAAGUAAUGAACAGGGAAUUACAUCGAAACCAGAGGGAAAAAAUCGCUAAUAAGUUAAUAAGUAAAGUGUUAACAGUAAAAAAUUUAUCUUUACCAUGCGUAUUUUUUUUAAGGGGGAGACUAAAGAUACGUGAAUUCACAAUUUUAUAGGUCAUAAUGCCGUCUUAAAAUAAAAAAUAGUUUCCAGUCCCUUUAUUCAGUGAACCAGUCAAACUAUGGUGCAGUGGUUAUGUAGACUCGUUACGGGCCUUGGGUUCGUGUGUCACGCGAGCGUGUCUUUUUGUUCUACUAAACCUUAACAUAUAUAAACUCAGACAAACGGUAACAGAGAUAAAAAAAAUCUUAAUGUUUUAGUCGCCGUCGUCGUCCUUCUAGAAUCUAGAAUCUAACUGUCUCUCUCGUCUGUCAGUGCUGCAGUGAAGAAACAGGGUCCUGCCUUGUAACGUACUUCGUUUACUUACAUAGAUGAUUAUCUUGGCCAAGUGAUUGUCCCUCUUUCGACGGUGAACAGAGACCAGACAUGUCGGCUGAUUCUCCCUGUGCUGCCCAAGUCAUCUAAAAGUGACCAUUCAAGGGGCGACAUCACCUUGGAGGUUAGACAACAAUGAUCAGAAACAUCCUCUAACGAGUCUUAAAAGUAGUUAUCUUUUAGUUUAUUUAUGUUUUUUGUUUCAUUUAUUAUUGAUUUAUUGUCUUUUUUCGAUAAUUAUUAGCAUUAGGUAAAGUGAAGAAAAUGUUCGGAUUUUAAAUUUCCUUAUCCACGAAUUCUCUCUGAUGUGCAUGAAUUGGGAAAACAAGGAAUUAAUGACACUAUGUUCAGAAACGUAAACAGGCCACACGGCAGAGUUCAACAUGUUAGUCCCACGGAAAUCUGGUCACAACUUAACUGAUGAUCGACGUACUGUCACAUUUAACGCACUUUACAGCAAAAACUUACUUAUGUGCGCCAGCGAGUUUGAUCAAAUGAACACUUAAAACGGUACAUCCCGUCACAGUUUCGCCAGUUAGUAACCAACCACUCUGUCUUUCUCAACAGUUUACCUUUGAUAAGGAUGGAAAGGUCAUUGAUGCUACUCUGCCCUUAGUAAGUGGCAUGGGGCGAAAACGUAUGUCCAGUGGUAAGUUCUCUUCUUGUUUGCCUUUAUGUUUAGUCAUUGAUUUUCAGAUGUAAGUAUGCAUUUUGCACAGGACUCUCCUACAGAUUGAAACAAAAUGGGAAGAAGUAGUGUGGACGAGUACAUUUUUACCUGAAUUCAUUUGUUAAAGUUGAUACAUCAGUUUAUUUGGAGACUAAAGCUAUAAGGAUCAAGAUGACCAAAUCGAUGAUCGAAAAGACUUAACACAGAUUGCAAGUGACGAGCGUGAAAAUUGUUGUAGAAAAUAUUUCAGAUGCGCAAAUUAUUGCUUAGUUCCUAGACGUUCCAACUUUCGCUAGAGUUCAGUGCGAAUCCUGUGUGCCCCUACUGAUGAUCUCUACCGCGCCGAUCGUUAUUUGGUUAGAUAUAAAUCCUGUUCUUGUUAAUCGUUGCUUUUCAGAUCCUGAGAGCCCUAGUGCCCACAGCUCCCCAUCAGAGGAAGCAGCCCCAGUCUUCAUGAAUGGCGGGGGACCUGAUCCCGAGAUCAAUGGACACAUUCCAGUUCGGAAGCGUUACAUCGAGUCAAGUCUGGAUGAACUGGCCAUGGAGAUUGAAGCUUAUGAAGCUAAUGAUGGGAAGCCGAAACACGCUAGUUACGAAAACGGCGUGGACACUGUAGAACAACAUGACGAACCAGAGUUAAUGAGUGAGCCUCCUGCUCCAAUCGUUGUCAUGGCAACUCCUGUAGUUGAGCCCGUGCUGGAAAAGGUGAAGGUGAAAGAAGCUGUCGAGGAACCAGUCAAACUUGUCGAGGUAAGGCGUUUAAAGCAAUCGUUGGUUUCUUUAAGUGUUUUAAAGGACACCAUCUUCGACAUACAUGUGGAUAGCGUAGUUGGUUAUGGUUUUGUCAGUUCUUCCUCUGAUUUUUACAGGAAGUUGAAGCGGUCGAAGUAGAAGUUCCCAUAGCGGAGAACAAAGAGGCCGAAGAGGAGAAUAAAGGUCAAGAGGAAGACAUGAAAGAGGAAGAGAUACAAGAACAAAACGAAAAAGAAGAUAAAGACGAGAAGCCAAAGGAAGAUAAAGACGAGAAGCCAAAGGAAGAGGAAGAAGAGGUGAUAGAAAAGAAAAGUAAAACACGAAGGUCAUUCAAGUUUGCCUUCAAAAGGAAACAAAGUGACAAGAAGACAGUUAAGGAUGAUGAGAAAGCCGCCGCAGCUGAAGAAUUGGAGGAAGAGAUUAAAGAAAUUCAUGACGAUGUCGUGAAAGAAGAAAGUGUUAAAGACGAGGAAACGAGAGAAGGAGGCGAAAAAGAAGAGGAAGAAGAAGAGGAAGUACAACAGCAAGUGGAAAGCAAAGAAGAAGGACUAAAAGAUGAGCAUAAAAAAGACGGCGAGACCCAAGAAGAGGAAGAGAAGGAAACAGAGAUCGAGAAAUCGAAAGAACUUGAAGAAAUGACUGAACAAGCUUCAGAACUGAACACCAAACCCAAACUGCGAAGGUCCUUCAAUCUGUUUAGAAGGAGACCAGUUAGUAUGAGUGCAGCCGACAGGGACACAGAUAAGGGUGAAGAAAAGGUGUUCAAGAGAGAUGACCCAAUCAGACACUCCUACCAUGCAGGGGACCUACCUGUCCCAGAUCCAUCUAACUUGCGUAAGUGCUUUGACCUUCGUUCGGAACCUCUCAUAUAUAAGACGGGGGGAAUUUUAUGCAAACCAAAAGAGUAGGGCUACCAACAGGGGAAUGAAACUCUAACCGAUGUGUUAUUUAAUCAUUGAAAAAAUUUGUUUCAUUUUGACAGGCAAAUCCACCAGUCAAUCUUCACUUCUCAGCUAUUCACCAAGUCCUCACUCCACACUGGUUAUUGAAACAAUGCACAAGGGCCAGAAAAAGUAAGAAAGUGCCUGUGUCUAUUCUUGUCUCAUAUGCAUGCCAUAAACGACAUGAAAACGUGGAUCAUUUUUUAUAUGAUUUAAUACGUCAAUAAUUCAGGUAAUUCAUGCCUUUUAGAACGGAUUUGAAUUAAGAUUGGUACCUUUCCAAAAUCGAAAAUACUGCAUCCACACGAGUGGAUAAAACAAGGAAAACGUGAUGAUGAUAGUUGUGAUAAAUCUUUAUUGAACUCAUCAUAUAAUUCAGUUUAUUAAACUACGACCUUUUUUUGUUCAACACACUCACACUAAAUCUGAAAAGUGAACCUACAUUUCGAGCUAAAUUAGGCAUUUGGUUUUCUUGUUAGCUCCUCGUACGGUUUAAGGUUUAGAUAGACGACAGGUGAUGCAUGGAAAAACACAGCGCGGUUUAUGAUCACCCAAAAUCUGAUUGGUUAAACGUUUUUGCAAUUUCUCCACCAAUCAGAGAUGGGUCAAUGUACAACCAAAUAAAAACUUCUGGCUCUCAUUGGCGCUACGUUACGAGCGAGAAAACAUCGUUUAAUUCUUCUGAUAUGCUACAUGUAAUGUUUUUCUCAGAUAUGCGCACAUUCCUCCCGUGAUGGCUAAAAGACAAGCUUAUGAGAAAGGAGGCAAUAAGCUGCACAUUUAUAAUGAUCACAUUUUCACCGCUGUCCACUUUACUGGAAGGUAUAACGCUGUUAUUUUUGUUGUUGAAGUUAUUGCUGUGAUUGUUGUUGUUGUUUUUGCGGUCUGACAUUGAAUGGAUUCAAAUCGUAUCCUCUUAAAUAUUUCAUUCUGUGCUUCUACAGGGCGUUUAUUUUAUUCUUGACGCCUUUGACCUCCAUUUGCUGCUUUUCUAGCCUAUUCACUCCAAUUCUCUCUGUUUAGCUCACCGGAAUGUGCUGUGUGUGCAAAAUCAAUCAAAGGAAAAAUCGGAAAACAAGGCUACCAAUGUAGAGGUAAUAAUUAAUGAAAGAUACUAAAUCACAGUCAUGUCAAAUGCUAUUUUUGCAUUAGAAAAGAUCGGGAGCCGCCCACACAAUUGGAACGAUGGAUUUCAACAUUUUCAACUUCAGACAACUCAAUGUGGGCAGUGAAAUCCCAACUUGUUCUUUGACCGUAGAUUUGCAAACGGCUUCGGUUUGAAUUCCGUGAAUCAGGAAAAGCUCCUCAGUAUUUGUGGCCCCAAUUUCAGCCAUCUGACAUUCAAAUGGAAAACCGCUCUAAAAGCUUCAGUUUUUCAAUGAAGUCAGUGUGAGGUCAAUUUUCAUCUUCAGUGACUUGUCUCGGUGACGAGACCAGAUAACAGGGCUCAGAUCUCAGCGCAUCAAGCGUAAAGAAACUGAGCUUACUAACUCUUGCAUAUUUUAAAUGUCAUCUUUGUUUGUGUAUCUUUUCAGAGUGCAAAUUAGUCACACAUAGGGAUUGUCAUUACCAGACUACCGCAAUGUGUUCCAGUGAUGCUGUCAAACAUCUUGACAUGUAAGUACCUGUCAAAAAUUUCGAAAGAAAGCAAAAAAAUCAGUCAUGUCAUCAUUUGUGGUUGUCUUCCCCUCGUUGCACGUGUUGUCAUGCAAUACUCAGGAGUUGUCACUUAACGCCGGGAGAUAAGUCCGUGUUCUUAAUCAAAAUCCCUUGCCAUGACUGGAGUUGCUUUGCACAAAUGGAUUUCAAACAAUAAAAUAAACGAAAAAUAAACAUUAAACAACUAAUCAAUAAUUUAAUGAUACAUCAUUCUAUCGUUACUCCACAAAUUGAAAAUAACAUGUCACUUUUGAGUCUGUGAGAACUAAGUGAAACAAAGAAGGAUAUUCAUUUUACUUAAAAUGACCAAUAUUGAAAAUGAAACCAUAAAUAUAUGUUAAAAAGUACAUAAACACACGAUUAAAAUCAUACCCUGUUUUAAAAAAAAAAGCCGUAAACGUGAAAGUGAACCAGCUCACACACUUCAGUGAUAAAGGCGAUUUACCUACAUCAUUAAAGUCAAACCCUCUUUAACCUUUUUAAUUCUUCAUAGUUGACACGUUCGAACAGAAAACUAUUUAGUGCCUUUGUCGUUAAUUUUUAGUAAACUUCCUUGCCCUCCCCUCUCCCCUUUCUUCCCCUUUUUCACUUGUUCCCUCCCCAUUCCCACCAGCGUAAAUUUGUGAAAUGACUGUCAUUAAAUUAUUCUUAAACAACGCAACACAGCUCCAGAGACCGCAGUGAGCGCACGACCAACACGCGACUAACUGGCGACAAAUGAAAAAGGUAUCACGUGUCAGAUAUGACUCGUUUCCAAGCUUUACACACUGCUGCGCGUCUUAAAACCGAUCUAAAUGCUUUCAACUUCUGUGAGCUAAUUUCUCUUCUACUCUUCUGUAAUACAGUAAAAAAAUGCCGCAAUUUGUUGGCCAUUAAUGAGGUGAAGGGAUAAGGCUGUGUGCAGAGGUAGGCUUGCCAUAAACGUUUUAUCAAAAACUAACCACUUUUAACCCCUUUUCUAAGCAUUUUCUAAAAGAAAGAAGAAUAAAAUUAACAAUCCCUUUCUCAGCUCAGAAAGUUGUGCCUUUCAUCGGUUGUCAGAAAAAGGAAAGCCUAUUUUUUUGUUUGCUCUUUGAUUGAUAUUUUUCUUCAUUCGUGACAGAAAUUUAUUAAGGUUAAUUUCCCAAAAGCAUAAUCCAAAUUAAUGGAAAGGGUGGACUCAUACCACUUAACUGACUGGUUACCCUUAAGGCAUAACUUUUUGAAGCUUGUAGGUACCUAAAAGUUAAAUAUUAUUGCUAGAAUUAGAUUUAAACAUUUGAAUGAGGAAAUUAAUUCUUCAACGUAAAGGAACGUUUCCUAAGAUAAGGAAACAAUAACUCCAUUAAAUCGCGAAUGAUUUUAAUGCUUGAUAACAACGAGUAAAAACUAAAACUUUAAAACUACGUUAACCUUAAGCUCACGGUUAGACUACGAGUAGUCCCUGCUUUUCGGCGAAGUCCGUCGCGCUAGUCGGAAAAGAAAUCAGUGAAAAGAAUUUGAUGUUAGCGCGCCGCGCGGAACUCUGGGAGUGAGGCGCCUAAAUAUUCCGCGCGGCGUGCUAACAUCAUUCACUGAUUUUUUUUUUUGCGCAACGGUCUUUGCCAAAAAGCAAGAACUGCUCGAACGGUUUCUUUAACUUAAUAGGCCUCUCAACCACUGAGCGAUUAAGUAUCUAGCGAAGCUAAUUUUACGUUUUUGUUUCACUCGACAGAGAAUAUGUUGGAGGUACCGAGGUCUGACCAUGGAAAGCUUUCACUUAAAAAUCCUGAAAAGCUCCUGCCAUUCCUAUCGUUCUUAUAUGUUUUAGAUGUCACAAAAUUAUAUCAAAAAAAUGCUCCAUAUCUUAGCAGACGUAAUGUUUUCACCAAUGAAGAAUUUGUAAAUUAGAAAGUGCGCCCAGUCGAUGUAUUGCCGGGGUCAAAAGAGAGAGUCUAGGACUAGGGUACGGUGGCAUUGGUGGGUUUGAGAACUGAGAACUGACGUUAGGGUUUUUUUUAUUAGUUGAACAAUUGAACAGCUGAAAAAGUAGAUAAUUGUUGUAUGUAGUGAGCCGGUUCUUUUUCCCGCCCGCCUCAUCACGUUUGUGUUUGAGCGUUUAGUCUCAUAUUCCUCAACGUUUAUUCCACUCAGCUUGCCGAAAAACAGGUCUUCAAGCACUUUGGGUAUCAUACAGGUGGGGGUGAGGCACCUCAGAGGCUUUGCAGCGACGAAACAUCAAAUUAAAUUUUUUGCUGCUUUUUGCUUGUGUUGCGGAUAACUUGCAAGGGUUAUCGUCGACUGGGGCUCAGUGACUGAUUUAUCAUUGCUCCAAUAUUUAUGUCUUCAUUGCUAGAAAUUGAAUGAUGUUUUGCAUGUGGAGCUUAAGUUAAACAGCAUUUGAUAGCUUACACAGUAGAGUGCAAUCACUGAGUGUUACUGUAAACAUGUUCAAUAAGAAUCAAUGGCAACUUCUUAAGGGGGGAGGGGAGGGUGGUAAAAUCAUAGGUCAAAGGCGGGAUAUAGAUUAAUUUAUAGCUUUAAAUAGUGGGAACAAAUGACAUAAAGGGAAGAGUAUAACAGAGUAAUUUAUUUAUAGAUAAGUGAAUUAUUGCCUGUUUCUCUCAUUUAGUGAAUGAGGGGAACAAAAAUUGGCCGAAACCUCCCUACUGCUUUCUGAAGAGAAAUUCAUCACGGUCAAAAUGAAAUCGUAAGAACUAUACGCAGUUUCUAUCAUCGCCAAGAGAGGAUCAACUUAUCCCUUAUUAUUAUAAUAUUCGCCACGCUUCCACAUUCACUCAUGUAGGCUAGUAUCCUCUUUAAUGUUGUUGAAGACAGUUACGUGACUUUAAAAAAGCCGGAGUAAGUGUAGGAGAAGAAAUCUGAAUGUAUGUAGAGCAGUCCUGUUAUUCAACUCAAACCCUCUAAG